AUGCCACGUCGGUAUUCUCGACCAGAUAACUAAAACCCGCCUCCCGGGCCGUUCUAAUUCAAUCACGCAAUCCCCAAACUCCGAUGACAAAAUGGAUGGUCUAAUUUCUCUCAGCUGUGCAGGCAACUUCGCCAACACCAGCUCCUUCUUCACAAGCCAAACCCGCCCUCAUUUGUUGUUCUCAUGCACUCGAGGAAGAAGAACAACCACAACCGUUUCAUUCAUCACCAGGGAAAAGGGUAAGAGAUUCACUGUUUUCGCUUCUACAGAUGGAGAUCCUCCCAAGCUCGACCAAUGGGAUCAGAUGGAGCUCAAGUUUGGUCACUUGCUCGGCGAGGACCCCAAACUUACCCUAGCCAAGAUAAUGGGCAGAAAAGCGAAUCCAGAUGCUUCGUAUCUUGAAAUUGAGAAAAACUUUUAUAAGAGAAAAGGUAAGUUAGUGGAAAUAAAGGAGGUUCCUUUUGAUGGGUCGAAGGAAGUGCAGUCAUCAAGUUCGUUGGAUGGUUUGAACUUGGUUCGACCUGUGCCCAAGAAAGGAUUCACUCUGAAAGCUGAUGAUGAGCCACCAAAGAUAAAGAAACCAAGCCAAGCGGUUGGGAAGGCGGCAGGUAAGACUAAAGGUAGUGUUCCCAAUGUUAUCCUGAGAAAACCAAAUUUGUUCAAUAACAAUGAUGGUGGAGAAAAGCCGUCGAAGUUGAGGAUUAAACCAAAUUUAUCAUUAAAAAUGGGGAAUGGGCGAGCGAAGGAUACAUUUAGUGAUAUGACUCUGUUAAGGAAGCCGGAACCAGUGAGUGUUAAUAAAGUUACUGAGAAGAGACAAGAGACUUAUAGCAAUGUGAAUGCCAAAGUUGAUAGUAGUGAAUCGGAUAUGAGGAAAGAAGAAGCAAAUGAUGAAUUUGUUGCUUUCACACUGUCAGCAAGGCCUGAACCAGUGAAUGCCAAUACAAAACUUGUGAAUGAGCAUGACUACUUUGGGGGUGCUGAAGUUGAAGUCCAGGAUGAUAUUGGAGAGAAUGUUUUGAAAGGCUUGCCAGAACCUACCAGAACUGACAAUGCAAAAAAAGACAAUUUCAUGGAGAUCGAGGAUGGCUUCUUUUCAAAUGAAGCUGGGCAAGAGAUUGGAUCCAAUCCAUUCGAACAGGAUGAUAUGAGAUCCAGUCAGGAGGUUACUGCAUUGACUGGACUGCCUGAUAAAAAUUUAGUCGACUCCAGAGCCAAGUUGUCCGUGGAAGCUGCACUACAAGGAAAACCAAAAAGAUUAGACCAAUCUGUGAAGAGAACUCCAGAGUCUACCAGAGGAGAGACAGUACUCAUGAAUUCUGAAGCUUAUGGUAAUGCUGCUGAGUUUGACGAUCUUGUUGCUAAAUCACCUUUGGAGGGAAGCGAAGAUACUGAUUGGAGCAAGGCACAAGAUCUGUUUAAGACAGGAAAUAGGGGAGAAGUGGAAUUAAUAAGCUCUAGCACCAGAGGUUUUGUUGUAUCUUUUGGCUCUUUGAUAGGGUUUCUGCCAUACCGUAACCUAACUGCCAAGUGGAAGUUCUUAGCUUUUGAGUCAUGGUUGAGACAGAAGGGCCUAGACCCAUCAAUGUAUAGACAAAAUUUAGGGACUAUUGGAAGUUAUGAUGUAGCAAACAGGAACGCUCCUCUUAACUCAACCGCAGAUCCAAAAGUUGAUAAAAGUCUUGUAGGAGAAAUAUUGGCAGACAUGAAAUUGGAAGAUCUUCUUAGAGUUUAUGACCAAGAGAAAAUUAAAUUCUUGUCAUCCUUUUUGGGCCAGAAAAUCAAAGUAAAUGUGGCGUUGGCAGACAGAACAUUUAGAAAGCUUGUAUUUUCAGUCAAGCCAAAAGAGAAGGAAGAAGAUGUUGACAAGAAGAGAAGUCUCAUGGCUAAACUUCAAGUCGGGGAUGUUGUGAAAUGUGGCAUCAAGAAGAUUACUUAUUUUGGUAUUUUUGUUGAGGUUGAAGGAGUGCCUGCAUUGAUUCAUCAGACAGAAGUUUCAUGGGAUGUCACUCUGGACCCUGCGUCAUACUUUAAAAUUGGUCAGAUUGUGGAGGCAAAGGUUCACGAAUUGGAUUUUGCACUUGGACGCAUAUUUUUGUCACUAAAGGAGAUUUCGCCAGAUCCAUUGAUUGAGGCCUUGGAAUCUGUGGUUGGUGAUCGUAAUCCCUUGGAUGGGAGACUACAAGUGGCACAAGCAGAAGCUGAGUGGGUUGAUAUUGAAUGUCUUAUCAAAGAACUGCAACAGAUGGAAGGGAUCCAGUCUGUAUCAAAAGGCCGUUUUUUCUUGAGCCCGGGUUUAGCUCCAACAUUUCAGGUGUAUAUGGCAUCCAUGUUUGAGAAUCAAUACAAGCUACUAGCUCGAUCUGGUAACAAAGUACAAGAGGUGAUUGUUCAAACAUCACUAGGUAAAGAAGAGAUGAAAGCCGCAAUUCUAGCAUGUACCAACAAAGUGGAAUAGUCGUUUAUUAUUCUCUGGUUUUUGUAAAUUUCCAUAUUAUGCUCGCCAAUAAAUUUAGAGGAAGAAAGAUACACGAAAAUCUUCUAAAGGCCAAGAGGGUCAGAAAUUUCUUGAUCAUUUAUAGAGGCAAGUUUCUGUAAUUUUCUUUCAAGUUGUAACAAUCAAUUAUAGUGGUAGACUUGUUAUUCUCUUUUU